AUGAUAUUGACGAUGUUUUUGGACAAACCUUCUAUUGCUUCUUCAAUGUUCACAGCUUGGAUGGAGUGUAAUGUAGUUAAUGCUGAUGCACGGAAACUUACGUAUGUUGAAUUUCCUACAAAGUUUGUUUGGCAACGUGGUGAUAGGAUUUGGAAGCCACUGAAAGUAGGAAAGUGCAUUGGUAGAAUUCAUUCGGUUUCACCUAAUCUAGGUGAAGCUUAUUUUUUAAGGAUAUUGUUAAAUAAGGUGAAAGGUCCCAAAUCAUUUGAAGAAAUUCGCACAGUAAAUGGUGAAGAAUAUUCUUCUUUUAGAGAUGCUUGUUAUGCUCUUGGUCUCUUGGAUGAUGACAAGGAAUACAUCGAUGCAAUCAAAGAAGUGAGUCAUUCUGGAUCUGGUUUUUACCUACGAUUCUUAUUUGCUACAUUGUUGAUGUGUAAUAGUAUGUCUAAACCGGAGGUUGUUUGGGAAAACACAUGGGAAUAUUUGGCAGAUGGAAUUCUUUAUAACCAACGACAGAGAUUCAAGUCUCCAGACUUAUCACUCAAUGAAGAUCAACUUAAGAACUUAAUUUUGUUCGAGAUAGAACAAGUUUUACUUCGGAACAACUUGAGUCUAAAAAAUUAUAAAAACAUGCCUAUCCCGGAUGUUGAUUAUGUUUCUUCUUCAAACAAUCGACUUAUCAUCGAGGAGCUAGAUUAUGACAUUCCCAUUAUGAAUACCGAGUUUGAUCGUAUGUUUCUUGCAUUGACAAAUGAGCAGCGUCACAUUUUCCUUGAUAUCAUGACUGCAGUUAAACAAAAUAAAGGAGGUGUCUUCUUUGUUUAUGGUUAUGGUGGAACUGGUAAAACUUUUUUUAUGGAAAACAAUAUCUGCAGCUAUUAG